UCACCCACUUCAUUGGCAUUGCAACCAACGCUGCCAUCUACUCUCGUUGCUUGGGAUCUGAAAUACCGAUUGUGAGGCAGAGACCGCGAGGAGAUGGCUAGCCACGGAAAGAGAGUCUACACCUUGGCCGAUGUCGCCGCCCACAGCUCCCGCAAUGACUGUUGGCUCGUCAUCGGCGGCAAGGUUUAUGAUGUGACCAAAUUCUUAGAAGACCACCCUGGAGGAGAUGAGGUUUUGUUGGCAUCAGUCGGGAAAGAUUCGACUAAUGAUUUUGAAGACAUCGGGCACACGAAAAACGCAAGGGCGAUCAUGGCCCAGUAUUUCGCCGGCGAGAUCGACGCGGCGUCCAUCCCUAAAAAAAUCAAAUACACUCCUCCCAAGCAACCUUUCUACAAUCAGGACAAGACUCCCCAGUUCAUCCUUAAACUCGUCCAGCUUUUGAUCCCGGUGACCAUCCUGGCGCUGGCUCUGAGUGUCAGAAUCUACACCACCCAAUCGACUUAAGAAUUUCCUCCCCUCCCCUACGCUACUACAACAAUUAAUAUAUAUGUACCACAAGUGUGUUGUCCUUGUUGUUGACCGCUUGAUUUCCCCUCAUUUAAUUUGUGUGAUCGAAUAAGUUGGUGAGUUUUAUGACCGUCGUUAUUGUAAUAAUGUCAUCGAGUGGCUUAGAGCGUCCUGCGAUUUCUUAGCUUGUUACUUGUUUGAAUCGCUCUUUUAUAAAACCAUAUAAAUAGCAUGCAACUAGCUAAAGAAAUUGAUGAUA